AUGGGCGUCGCUAGUGUUCAGCUGAUCUUUGGUGCGAUUAGUCGCAUAGCAGCUGCUUAUCAAUUCCACGUGCAUGGUGUUGGUGAGAAGCCUACGCUGGAUGUGUCGUUUGUCUCCGCAUCGAUUAUGGUUAGCACGGUGAUUGUGAAAUUUUCACUCUUUUGCAUAUGUCAGAAGUAUAAAUCGGAUCCCUCAAUAGCCGUUCUCGCCAUGGAUCAUAGAAAUGAUUGCUUGUCGAAUACGGUGGCUCUUGCUUGUGCCUGGCUUGGUACUGUAUAUUGGUAUUACCUCGAUCCGAUUGGUGCGAUUUUGGUGUCCCUAUAUAUUCUCUACACGUGGGUGAGCACUGGUUGGGAUCAUUUGUCAAAAUUGAGCGGGAAGUCGGCUAAGCCAGAGUUUAUCAAUCGCAUCAUAAAGAUCACGAUCCACGAAUUUCUCAUCUUGACACAGUCUAUGUACAUAGUGCUAGACGAAGAUAUGCCAUUGAAAGUUGCGCAUGAUAUCAGUGAAUCGCUGCAGAUCAAUAUUGAAAGUCUACCUGAGGUGGAGCGUGCCUUUGUUCACACCGAUUACGAGUACGAGCACCAACCUCAAGACGAGCACAAAAUUGUUUAA